CGUGUCCAACCCUUUGGUUCUCUCUUCUCACGCGAAUUGACUUACCAAGAAUUCAGAAGCUUCCAGGUAUGGAAUCAGGAGGGCCUCAUAAGCAUUUGUGUAAAAUCUGCGACAAGAGCUUCUCUUCAGGUAGGGCUCUUGGUGGCCACAUGUCGUGCCACUGGCGCGGUGACAAGCAGCCGAAGAGCACACCUAGCCCACCCGCCAUUGUUGUUGAUCUGCAUGUGUCACUGCUGGAUCCCUGUGAUGAGAAGCCUUCGCUACCAUCUUUGGAAACUCAAGGCCUGCACUGCUCAAAGGUGUUCCCUACCUGCCAAUCUCUGAGGGGGCACAUGAGGAUUCACGGUGAGAAGAAGGUGAUGGCCAAGCCCGAGGAAGAACCAGCUGGGCUGAUGGAACCUUCAGCCAAUGCUGAUGGUGACCGCAGGUACAAUAUGAUGAUCUUUUCUCCAGUGAAGCGUAAGCGAUCAAAGAGGGGGAUCCCAGUUCUCGAUUCAGAGGAGAUGGAUGCUGCAGUUACUCUCCUGAUGCUUGCAGACCAUUCUGGCAAAACUUCUGCUUAUGAGGAUUUCUGUGGGGGAGAUAAGGACGACUGCAGUUUGGCACCCAAUUUGUUCAAGGAGGUGAAGCUCAAUGCUUUUGAUCAUCAGCUGGUUCAGUUUGAUGAGUUCAUGGAGCCUAACACUGACAAGAAUUCAGUUAAUGAUGAUUUCUAUGAACACUGUGAGAAUGAAAGCAAUUUCAAUUUGGUUGCUGAUGCCCCCAAGGUGCAACUGAAUUCAUUUGACCAUGGACUGGAUCAAGGUGCUGAGUUCAUGAAGCCAGGGGCUGACAAUUCAGUUGAGGAGUUGAAGUCCCACCUUUCAGCUGCAGUGAAUGUCAAGAGCCACCAGUGCAAUGUCUGUGGAAAGUCAUUAAGAUCAGGGCAGGCAUUGGGAGGCCACAUGAGGUACCAUUAUGUUCGAAGGUGCAAUCGCCGUCAAGGGGUUGCUGAUUGCCCUGAUUCUACUAUGAUGGAACAGCAAAAGCAGAAGCUUGAAUUGGACUCUGAGUUGCUCGAUUCUAAUCUCCCAGCUCUCAUCGACGGAGACAACAUUCACAUGGGUGUGAAAUCUUGAAUCUGAGCCAUAGUUUGUGAUGAGUAGCCUUCAGUUGGCAGUUGGCAACGCCAGUUCUACAUGUCUGAAACUGAUACUGAUUCAGUUGUCUAUAGGUUCAGCAGUGGCCAGGGAGGAAAAGAACUCAAUUUUCUCUGCUGUAGAUAGUUAGGGGUUUUGAUACUGACACUUCUCUUUGCCAAUAAAUUUCCUGGAUGGGAAGGCCAGGAUCUUAAGUCACUGCUUGGUCACAAAACAGUGCAGCAGUUCUGCUCUGUUGCAUGUAAUGCAAUGCAUGAGCUUGUGACUCUAGAACUAAUGGUCUGUAGCUCCCAAUCAAUUUUGCUUGGAUGUACACUUCUAUACUUCUGUAAAUACACCUCUAUACAGAGCAUAUUCUUGAAAUGAUUGUUCAAUAAAGAUACGCUGAUCAGAAUUU